ACACAACACGGGGCUCGAACGCACGACCCUGAGAUCAAGAGUCUCCUGCUCUACUAACCGAGCCAGCCAGGCGCCCCUACUUUCUGUUUUGAAGCGGUUUUUGACUCACUUUUUCAAUUGAAAUUAGCGUUAAAGACUCUGUUCCUCAGACACGACGGCCACAUUUCAAAGGCUCCAUAGCAUUACGGGGCUGGCGGCCACUGGAUCAGAGGCUGCAAACACAGAGCGUUGCCCCGAUGGCAGAGGGCCCUGCUGACAGUGCCUGAUGUGUGGACAGAGUGGGGGACGCGUUGGGGGUUAUGUCGAGAGGGAGGGUUUGGGCUCUGGGUCAUGAUGCCUGUGGCUCAGUGUACUUGGGCGAGACAUGCAUCAGUGUCUCCAAGCCUCAGUCUUCUCAUCUAAAACGGGGGACGGGAGGGGCUGGGCUGAAGGAGGUUGCUGGGGCAGAGACAAGGGUCUAGAUUUCUGCUCUAGCGGUUGGGGUCUGGGGUCUGCGGUCUGGGAGGACUUUGUGACCACAGGCGGGCACAGGAAGGAUCCGGGAAUGCAGGGAUGCGGGCGGGACCACCCAGCACGGGACCAGAGGGGCUAUCUUGGAGCACUACUGAAAGAAACACUGAGUAAAUCCAACAUCAGGUUCACGCUGGCACCUCUAAGCACUUCCUUUGCUCUCCCCACAAACCGGCCAGGCUCCCCGUUCACGGCAGACCUCAGGAUUGGCUGUUGAUUUGGCCAGGAGCCAGGAACGCCCUGUGCCCGAAGCUCUACUCUACCUGGCGAGCUCUCGCCUAACCUUCAAACCCAAGCCCUUUGUACCCCUCCUGGACAGAUCCCCGGGUUCAAGCCUCCACUCCAGGGCACUGGGGAAGAGGCUGGGACACUAUGGGAAGGGCAGGGUCCAGGUGGGACCUGAGGGCCCUUGGGACCAAUGCCACCUCCCUGGGGACCCCUCCCCACAUAGGUUAUGCGGCCAGGUGGCUGGAGACACUGGGCUCAGGGCCAGGCGCUGUCUGCCGGGACACCAGCGAUGCCGCUGUCUCCCUCUGAGUCACCUGGCCUCAGUUUCCUCAACCGCAGAAUACAGGUAACAACAGUGCCAGCCUCAGGACUCACGUACGUCACCUGGCUGACACGUUGGUAACCCACGAUUGUCUCCUUUGUUAUCAACGAUGCCGUCUCCACUCCCCCCUCCUCCCAGCUGCUCUGACCCAUGGAUGCACUCGGCUGGACCAAGACCCGAUGGCCCUGGCAACAGUGUCUCCUCGGGCUGCUGCUGCAACUGUUUCUGGCUCUGUGCUUCUUCUCUUACCUGCGAGUGUCCCAAGACACGCCCUUGUGGUCCGCCAGGUCGGGGGCCGAUGCGGCAGCAGCUCUCGACGCGGCUCCCAACGGGUCCUCAGGGAUGGUGUCCUCCCAGGGGGCGCCCUGCCCGACCCCCCCUGGGUCCUCUGCCCGCCCGCCCCUGGUGCUCCUGCUGUGGACAUGGCCAUUCAACCGCCCCGUGCCUCUGUCCCGCUGCUCGGAGCUGUGGCCGGGCACGGCCGACUGCCGGCUGACUGCGGACCGCAGCGCGUACCCUCAGGCGGACGCGGUGCUGGUGCAUCACCGCGAGGUCAGCUACAACCCGAGGAAGCAGCUCCCCACGUCCCCACGGCCGCCGGGCCAGCGCUGGGUCUGGUACAGCAUGGAAUCGCCCAGCCACUGCGCGCAACUGAAGGCCCUGGACGGAUACUUCAACCUCACCAUGUCCUACCGCAGAGACUCGGACAUCUUCACACCCUAUGGCUGGCUGGAGCCGUGGCCCGGCCAGCCGGCCUCCACGGUGGUCAACGUCUCGGCCAAGACGGAGCUGGUGGCCUGGGUGGUGUCCAACUGGAGGGAAGACUCAGCCAGGGUGCGUUACUACCACCUGCUAAAAGCUCACGUCCAAGUGGACGUGUAUGGGCGCUCCCACAAGCCGCUGCCGGAGAAGGCCAUGGCCCAGCAGCUGUCCCGGUACAAGUUUUACCUGGCUUUCGAGAACUCCUUGCACCCCGACUACAUCACCGAGAAGCUGUGGCGGAACGCCCUAGAAGCCUGGGCCGUGCCCGUGGUGCUGGGCCCCAGCAGGAGUGACUAUGAACAGUUCCUGCCCCCCGACGCCUUCAUCCACAUCCACGACUUCCAGAGCGCCGAGGAACUGGGCCGGUACCUGCAGGCGCUGGACAAGGACCACGCCCGCUACCUGAGCUACUUCCGCUGGAGGGAGACGCUGCGACCUCGGUCAUUCACUUGGGCCCUGAUGUUCUGCAAGGCCUGCCGGAGGCUGCAGCAGGACUCCACCUACCAGACUGUGCCCAGCAUAGCUGCCUGGUUCACGUGAGCUGGCCGGGCCGGGGCGGGGGUCGCCCCACACCACACCCCUGGGGACACACCUGCCGGGACGCGGGUGGCCGGGGAGCUCGCUUAGCUGGGGCUUCACCCGCUGGCCACCUCUGCUGCCAGGAGACCGGCCCGGGCCACCUUUCCUGCCAGGGGCCUCCCCGCCCGGGGGGGGGGGGGUCUCACCCACUUGCGAGGAGCCUCACCUGCUGGGGACCCCACCCACGAAGGCACUCAGGCCCUGGGGAGCCGGCCUGGGGGUCCCACCCGCUGGACGCGGUUCCGCUGGGUUUGCUUGUGGUUGCCCUUGCUGUUGUUAACCGCCUGUGGGGUGGCAGGUGGGCAAUAUUGGCACCAGACUCCAGAUGGGAA